CACUCCUAUUAAAAAAAGCUUUGUACAAUUUAUUAUUAUUAUUUAAAUAAAAAAGAAUAAUGAAAAUACCUGAGAAGGUGUAAUGAAGUCAUCUAAAUUUGUAAUUUGUAAUGCUCCACUAAAUCGCGAUGUCAUUUUAUCUGGAAAGAACAUUUAAAUUUGAAUUAUUACAAAAAUUAUUAAUUAGUACUUAAAUUUAACAUAUUCUUCAAAAGGAUAUAAAACAAUCGAUUAUGUAUGAAAUUGGUCAAACCUAAUCUACGGAGGUGUAUGUACUUUAUACCACCAUAUUUUUCCUACCACAUUGUGCAUGGUUUAGGGAAGUGUGAUAUGUCGGACGAAAUGAAACAAGAAGCAAUGGAAUUAUGCGUCACUGCUGCAGAAAAAUAUGCGGACAAUUACGAAAGCGUUUCUCGCAUGAUUAAAGAGACAAUGGACAAAAAAUUCGGUGCGUCUUGGCAUACAGUCGUUGGCGAAGGCUAUGGAUUUGAAAUAACUUAUCAACUUAAACAUCUACUGUAUAUGUACUGCGCUGGGAAUUUAGCAAUAUGCAUAUGGAAAUCAGCGUAGUGAAAACCAAAAUUAAAGUAUGAAUAAAUGUACAAAUUAUAUAAGUAUGAUAUUUAAAAAGAGAUUAUUUUCAUGCAAAAAUAUUAAUCAUACUAUAUACAAAUUGUUUUUUCAAAAUCGUAUUGAAAUAUUAAUAUUAAUUAAAAUUUUACACAUUACAAUACAUAAGAUAAAAGACUAUAAAAUAAAAACAAUUUAUAACUUUUAUACAAAUGGAGGAGUAUAUACACGAAAAAAUAAUUAUUGGAAUA